AUGACAUUCGAAAACACUCAUUUGAUUAAUUCACAAAAUGGAGAAUUCAUUUUACAUCUUUCACCUCAAGAUAUUCAACUUCCCUACCCUCCCUCAUUCAUUACCGUCUCAGAUUUUAUUAAUAAAAGGGAAUCAUCUGCAAGAAUAUUUCGAAAGAGUCCGAACGCAUUUUUCAUAUAUCGUAAAGCUUUCACAAACUACCUUACCCUUCUGAAUUUCAAACUAACGAUGAUCGAUGUGUCCAAGUUGGUCAGCAAUCGCUGGAAGAAUGAAAGCGACGAAGUGAAAAAGGGCUACAGGAAAAUCGCAAAAGAAAUUGAUGUUGAGCUAAAGGAAAAAAGAAAACAUGAUAAAGUAUGCCCGGUCGUCUGGAAAGUUGAUAAAAAGUCCAAAAAACAAAAGCGUAACUCAAGAAAAAUUCCAAGGAACAAUUCUACGAGUGACUCUUUAACCAAAGUUAAGAGUGUAAACACAAAAGAGAUUACGUUUGAAUUUCAAAAUUGCUUUAUUCCCGAAAAUCAAAAGACUUUGCGAUCAACUGACAAAGUGAACGUGCAAUCCGACUUUGAAAAUUCCCCGAAUCCUGUCUAUUACCCAUUAGUUGAGUUCCCUGAAAUGAUUCAAGAAUGUAAUUUUGGAAGUCAUGACCACUCUUGCGGAUCUCCAUCCAAUGAAUCAGAAGAGGAUUAUCAUCCCGCUUUUCAUUUAAACACUUGCUUGAAUCCGGUUUAUUGUUCUCGAAUGGAUCCGAUCGAAAAUCAAAUCAACCCUCAGGUCUUGGAAUACGUUAAUUAUGAUCUUCAUAACCAUUUUCUUCCUCAAUAUAAUUGGAACCUUAACAAUUUAAGCGGCAUAUGCGUUAAUGAAAAUUUAAGUUCACUACAGGAAUCUAGUGAAUAUCAUCAUUAA